CUGAAUGUGGAGGCGAGCUCGCGCGAACAGGGCGAGCGGCUGGGAUUUAAAAUGGGCCGGCGAGAGCGCGGGCCGCGCGCCCCGUAGCUCGGGACAUGAGUCAGCAGGCGCGCGAGCCGAGCCCGGAGGGCGGCCGGAGCAAGACGGAGGUGGCGGCGGCGACAACGACGACGACCACCACCACCGUGGCCGGCGCGGCAGCCGCCGCCCUGUUCCCGCCGGCGGCCCGCAAAACGCUGGCCUCUCUGGCCAAGGAGGCGUCGCGGCGGCGAGCGCAGAAGGCGGAGCAGGGCGGGCAGGUCCGCCCGCGCAGGAGCAAGCGCACGGUGACGGUGGACAGCUCCAGGGCCAAGACGUCGGCCGAGGCACUCAAGAUCUGCAUUCAACAACUGAAGUGGAAGGAGUUUCCAACAGGACGUCACUUCUGUGACAUCUAUUGGCAUGGAGUGUCUUUUCAUGAUGGUGAAGUUAGCUGCUCAAGUCUAGUCAACAAAUACCCAGGAAUGAUGGAAAUGACACGUAAAGUCAAUUUUAGUCGAGCAGUUCGAACGAUGCAGGAAUUAUUCCCUGAUGAAUACAAGUUUUAUCCUCGUUCUUGGAUUUUGCCAGAAGAAUACCAAAGUUUUGUAGAUCAGGUACGUUUGUCAAAAGAAAAUGAUUCUUCUUGGAAACCCACCUUCAUUGUGAAGCCAGAUGGAGGAUCUCAAGGUGAUGGAAUCUACCUUAUUAAGGAUUCUAGUGAUAUCCGAAUGUUGAGCAACCUCCAUAGCAAGCCAGCUGUGGUGCAAGAAUACAUCAACAAGCCAUUUCUGAUCGACAGAUUGAAAUUUGACAUUCGAUUGUAUGUCUUACUCAAAUCAAUUGAUCCUUUGGAGAUCUACAUAGCAAAAGAUGGAUUGUCUAGGUUCUGUACUGAGCCUUACCAGGAGCCUAACAGCAAAAAUUUUCAUCGUGUAUUUAUGCAUUUAACAAACUAUUCUCUGAAUGUCCAUAGUGGAAAAUUUGUCCAUUCUGACAAUGUAAACACAGGAAGUAAAAGAACUUUCUCAAGUAUUCUGGCUAAGCUCUCUCUCAGGGGCUAUGAUGUGAAGAAAAUAUGGUCAGAUAUUAUUACAUUAGUGAUCAGGUCUAUUAUUGCACUGAUUCCUGAAUUAAAAGUUUACCAUCAAAUAUAUAUUCCUCCAGGAAAGCCUGGGCCUACUUGUUUCCAGAUAUUAGGAUUUGAUAUUCUCCUCAUGAAAAACAUGAAGCCUGUUUUAUUGGAAGUGAACGCUAAUCCUAGCAUGAGAAUAGAACAUGAACAGGAGAUUUCUCCAGGAGUGUUUGAAUACGUUCCCAGUCCUGUGGAUGAAGAAAUUAAAGUGGCCGUCAUUAGAGAUACACUUCGUUUGGUAGAUCCAACAUUUAAAAAAUACAACUACUAUCAGUCACACUCUACUGAACAUUCGGCAGAAAAUGACAGAGAUGAUGUAACUGAAGCUGAAGCACAAAGGAAGACUGAGUCUUCAUCUGGCACAGAACAGAAUUGGCCUCCCCUCUGCCUGAAGCAGGUGUUUCCUAAGUACACUGUACAGUUCAGCUACCUGCUCAUUGUGGAACGAAUAGCACUACUAUUUAUCAGAUUCCUGGGCAUUAAAGGGACAAUGAAACUUGGUGCAACUGGGUUUCGGACCUUCAUUAGGACCUGUAAACUCAGCAACAGCAACCUGCCCAUGGCGUCUGUUGACAUAUUAUACAUUGAUAUUGCACGUCGAUGGAACGUCAUUUGUGGAGAUCGAGGGGAGUCUGGUAUGUGCUUACAAGCAUUUAUGGAGGCCAUCUUCCACAUGGCACAGAGGAGGUACAAGACCCCACCACUUCGAGAGCAAGUUGAGGCGCUGGUCAAUUUUUGUGAAUAUCAGUUAGAAGCACUGGAUGAAAAGCACUUUCUGUACAACCGUACAACAUCAGACCAAAAACCUAACUUGACUAUGUAUCGCCCUGAAACACCUCGCACACGUGCUGCCAGUAAUGUGCACUUAUUUAGUCAUGGGAGCAUUUCCAAUAGACUGCUGCCAUCACCGUUACCUGCAUCAGUGGAUAAACAGCAUGUAAAAUCAAUGAAUCGAAGAGUAACUGCAUGCUCGCCAGUAGCUUCCACAAGGCACAGUCGACGGGACAUGUCGGGCUGCAGAUUUUGUCGUAACAACUACCAAAGCUGCUCCGUUAUUGGCCUAAAUGAUGUGUGUUCUCAACGGGUCAAGCUGACACAAAUUUAGUAUCUUUUUGCAACAUGACACUUCAUGUAGUAGUCCAAAGCAAGUCCCCUCUCCAAGGCCAAGGCCCCUCUCCCCUCCACUCUGCUUUCCCAACCCUUAUCCCCAAGAUUUACCACAAUGGCUUAUUUUUACACAGUUUCAAUAGGAAGUUGAUCCUGUGCCUCUAGGGUAUCUAGUGUUUAAUAAAUAUUUCAGACACAAUUCUACCUUAGCUAGCUUAUCUGCAUUUCAUAAUUUGAAUGGUGACUGCUUAUUUAGAAGUAAAUUUAAACAAACAUUUGAAAUAGACUUAUUAUUUAGUUCCCACUCUAAAUAAAUUGCAUUUAUUAUAAAGAGCCUGCCACUGUCUGGCUUCUGGCCCUAAUUCAUUUACAUGAUAUUUUAAAAUAAAUUUCAUAGUGGUUGUUUUCUGUUAUAGGCAUGAGCCUCUGUGUAAUAGUUAUUAGUAUCCUCUUACACUCAGUGACCACCUGUACAUCUGCUUGUUAAUGCAAAUAUCUAAUCAGCCAAUCAUGUGGCAGUAACUCAGUGCAUAAAAGCAUGCAGACAUGGUCAAGAGGUUCAGUUGUUGUUCAGACCAAACAUCAGAAUGGGAAAGAAAUGUGAUCUAACUGACUGCCCAUGGAAUGAUUGUUGAUGAGAGCUGUGUUGUUUUGAGUAUCUCAGAAACUGCCAGUCUCCCAGGAUUUUUAUGCACGAUAGUCUGUAGAGUUUACAGAGAAUGGUGCAAAAAACAAAGCAAAAUAUCCAGUGAGUAGCAGUUCUGUAGGUGAAAAUGCCUUGAGAGGUGAGGGGAGAUUGACAGACUGGUUCAAGCUGAUAGGAAGAUGACAGUAACUGAAGUAACCAGAUGUUACAACAGUGGUGUGCAGAAGAGCAUCUCUAUACACACAACACAUCGAACUUUGAAGUGGAUGGCCGACAGCAGCAGAAGACCACGGACGUACACUCAGUGGCAACUUUAUAAGGUACAGGAGGUACCUAAUAAAGUGGACACUGAAUGCACAUUCCAAGAUUUCCUACCGGUGAAAUCAAAUAGCAGACAUGUUACAGUAUUUUUAAAAUUCACUUUCUUCAGUCAACAAUUUGCCAGGUGAACACCGGCAUAGAGAAAGACUCUCGUUUGUGUGAAUAUGAGCUUUUUUUUAUGCAGAAACCCAUACAUAUUAAAAUUGAUUUGGCUAGAAAUUGGGAUGGCACAGUAGCGAGUGGUUGGCAGCACAACACUUUAUAAUACAGGCAACCUGGCUUCAAUUCCCAUUGCUGACUGUACAGAGUUGUAUGUGAAUUUCAACCGGGUGUUCCAGUUUCCUCUUACAGUCCAAAGACAUACUAGUUAAUAGGUUAAUUAGUCAUUGUAAAUUGUCCUGCAAUUAGGCUAGAGUUAAAUAGGGGGAAUUGCUGGGUGGAGUGGCUCGAAAGUUCAAAACAGCCUACUCCACGCUGUAGCUCAAUUAAAAAACUAAUAAAAAUUACUAUAGAUGAAACGAAUAAAUAAACCAUGACUAUUGCUGUUACAUUUGUUCAUCCACUAUUAAAUGUGAAGAAAGUGGACUGAGUAAUAUAUAUUUAUUAGGCGUCAUCUGCUAGAAACAGUUAUAUCUAAUCACUGCUGUUUGUUAUUUUUAUAAUUUAGUGGUACAAUGCUCUACUUAUUCAAAUAAUAGAAUAUAAAACAAGAAAAUGCACGCAAUAUUGCACUAUAGAAGAUUCUUAUUUUUGUAAUGAAACCAAUUGGUUGUUAGACAUUGAUUUAAGAAUUUAGAAUAUAAAGUCACAAUUAAAAAAUCUCCUGCAGCCUAUUGCACUGCUAUUUACAUUUUAAUUAGUGUAAAGGACUGCCUGUCUGAUCAUUAAAGCCUACGCUGACACUUUCUGUUCUUAUUUUGGGCACUGAUGCAGAACUUCAGCUUACCCAUCCUUAGUACUGACAGAGAACAUGCUGUCGCAAACCCAAAUGCAGUGAAAAUAAAGCUCCAUAAUUCAGACAGUGGUAGCAACAAUGUUGAACCUCCAUAUAUCGUCCAAUGUUAAUAAGCUGCAGAUAUAGUAAAAGAGUCAGUGAAAAGCAUUUAAUCUGCUGCUUGUUCAUUCUCCAGAGAUAAACAGUAACAUGAUAUAAACUGGAACAAUUCCUUGUGCCCUGAAAAAUUAUCUUUUUUUUCAAAUUAGUCUUCUUUAGGGUAUUGAUUAGUAACAGUUCAAGCAGCUAUUGACAGUAAAUAUUGAGGGGUUACAGCUUUUUGAAUAGUUAUUUCCAGAUUUGGCUAUGAGUGCACUGUGGAUGAACCCUGUCUUCAAUGUGCUGAAGUCACAGUGCUACAUCCUACCCAUAUAUUUUCUAGCAUUAACAUAUAAGUACUGCACAGCAACCAGCAACAGUGAGCAUAGUGGACUUCCUUGAGUACAUGUACAUGGAGCACUGCCACAAGAAGGCAGUAUCCAUCAAAGAUCACCACCAUCUUCAUCUUACUACUACCAGUGGGCAGGAGGUAUAGGAGUCUUUGGUCCCACACUACCAGAUUCAGGAAUAGUUAUUACCCUUCAACCAUCAGGCUCCUGAACCAGCGUGGAUAACUUCACUCACCGCUACUCUAAAUUGAUUCUAUGACCUACAGAAUCACCUUCAAGGAUUCUUAAAAGCUCGUGUUCUCAGUAUUUUUUGUUUACUCAGUUUGUUUCCUUUUGCUCAUUGCAUGUCAGUCUUUGUUUAUGUAUAGUUUGGUAGAAUUCUACUGUAUUUCAUUUUUCCUGUAAAUACCUACAAGAAGAUGAAUCUCAAGGUAUUAUAUGGUAACAUAUACGUACUUUGAUAAUAAAUUUACUUUGAACUUUGAAUUUGAGUCAAUCACUAUCACCCUCAUAUUACAUCUAGUGAGAUUAUUGCAAAUUUCAAUGAUUUAUUAGCAAAGAUAUAUAUAUAUGUCACCAUUUACAAACUCUGAGAUUUGUUUUCUUGUAGGCAUACUCAGUAAAUCCAAGAAACAUAAUAGAAUCAAUA